ACCGACGAGUCGAGAAUGGCGUCGAACAGCGAGCUGCAGAUGAGACGGACGUGAAUGCACGCGUGGUUGUGGUAGCUGUCAACAAGGUGGCAGCUUAUUGGCCUGAGGGGAUAUUCGUGUACAUUGCGCAAAUACGUGGAGCGACCCUAUCACACCUCGUGAACUAAUCUGAGUGCCUGCAAUGUAUCACCUUUGCAACCACUUCCGGUCGUGUGGUGAAGUCUCCAGUCAAAGCAGUCGAUUGGCGUGCCGUUUGUGUGGUGAAAACGUAGGUUGCACUGGUGUGAUUGCGAUUAAGAACAAAUCAUGCUGUUUGUUCGUACAUUUGUAACGUCCUACAAUGAACUGUCAUGUGACGCACGGUAGACCUAAUCCGGGAACUUGGUUAUCCGGGAAAUCACUGUUGCUGAAAAGUAUACAGUAGUGUACUUAAUCAAUUUACCUAUACGUAAUCGUUGUAAAUUCAAAUUGUAUCUAUUUAGAUAUACUACUUCUAGACAGUGCGCCAAACUAAAACAUUGGCUCUGAUCCGGGGUUUUAUUUCACCUAAUUGGUUCUUUUUAGUAACGGAAAUCUUCUAGACUCCGGAAGUAUGUGUACAUUUAAGAACGGUGUUAACGCGCGUUAAGCGGGAAUCAUGCAUACCCUCGUCCGCUCACUUUGAAACAAUAUUCCAUCAUUUACGACGCAACUCGACAUGGCACUCGCCGUCGUCCGACCGUGCAGUAAUCUCGAGGCGGAAAAGGUGGAGUUGAGUCGAGAUCCCAGCAACAUGCCGAAGAUGGGACGAAUGCAGAAGCUGAAACGUCGUCUGUCGCAGAGUCUGAGCAAAUUCGUGCCUGUUCCGCGAGAUAGCUGCAACGGUCAAGCGCCUGUCGAGUCUCCCAAAGGCGAUUACGAGCCACUAGAAACAGAGAGUGAGGACACACUAGCCGCUGAAGCUCAAGAUCGACUCCCUCACAGACGCCAUUCCGAGGCAAUCAUGCCGUUACAGCUAACUAUUGAGGUGACGAGUCCUCUUCCCGGCGGAAGAAACAGUCCGUCGUAUGUUCCGAGGAGGCGCAUGUCGGUUUCUCCUGAUUCUCCUUUUGGAAAGGUGGAGACAUACCAGAAGUUAGAAAUGUUAGGAGAAGGCUCGUAUGCGACUGUAUACAGAGGAGUGAGCCGGAUAACAAAUCAGAUUGUUGCUCUCAAAGAGAUCCGUUUGAAUAGUGAAGAAGGCACGCCGUUUACUGCUAUUAGAGAAGCUUCUCUGUUGAAGGGAUUGAGACAUGCUAACAUAGUAAUUCUACAUGACAUUAUCCACACAAGAAACAAUUUGACCUUUGUCUUCGAACAUGUGGACACAGACUUGAGUCGAUACAUGGAGAAUCAUCCUUCUGGAAUACACCUACACACUGUCAAGCUCUUCCUUUUCCAGUUGAUCCGUGGAUUGGCAUUUUGCCAUGCCAGACAAAUACUACACAGAGACCUCAAGCCACAAAACCUCCUGAUUAAUGAGAAUGGAGAAUUGAAAUUGGCAGACUUUGGUCUGGCGAGGGCAAAGUCAGUCCCUAGUCGGACGUUUUCAAAUGAAGUUGUUACACUAUGGUACCGGCCACCUGAUGUCUUACUAGGAUCUACCAACUACUCAACAUCAUUAGACAUGUGGGGAGUCGGCUGCAUAUUUGCCGAGAUUAUCUCAGGUAUUCCACUCUUCCCUGGACUCAAGGAUGCAUCCGACCAGGUAGUGAGAAUAUGGCAAGUGCUGGGGACACCUAACGAACAGACAUGGCCAGGAGUAGAAAGACUACCCGAGUUCAAGAAACGGAAAUUUGUUUGGUACGAAUCUCAUGAUUUGGGAGAGGUGGUUCCACAGUUUAGAAAUUCUUUUGGAGCUACUGAACUUGCUCAGGAACUGCUACAAUUGGAACCGGGAAACAGAAUAUCAGCAAACGAUGCAUUGCGUCAUGAGUAUUUUUCAGAUCUGGGAUUGGAAAUACUGAAAUUACCAGCAGAGUUUUCGAUUUUCACUCUGCCAUCAAUAAAGUUGCACGAAGGCAAGUUGACUCUUACACCACCUUUGUCACCGAUGCAGAAUCCUUACAUAAACAAGUCGUGAACAAAGCAGCCAUCACUUUUUAGCAGUCAUUGUUUUUAAUGUAUGGCACAUUUGAUGUGGCCAGGUAGAGUGCAUUUGUACAUAAACGGACGGUUUAGUAGCUCACGAUCAAAGGAUUGUACUUACUUGUUGUUUGUAAAUUGUUUCAAUACCGCUGUAGUAGAAUUUUAUGCCCUUAGAGGAAAUUUAUAAGGAAUAUUUAUAGUUUGAACAAGAUAUUAUACGUGAUGGAAGUAU